AUUGAGUCUAAAGUCCACUAAUUUUACGAACCUACACAUUUUGCAUUGUUAGCGUAGAUCAAUGAAGGAUGUCACAAUCACAUGAAGGCUACAUUCCUCCUUCCACAGAUGGCCAACGCCUUACGUUUCUACCUAUCUUCUUGAUCAUAGCCAAUAAAUAAGAAACUAAGUAUCUCUUGUAUUCACAAACAACAAUGGCUACAAUGUUCUGGGUUCUCACUUUAUUAAGCCUCAGCUGCCUGCUAGGAUUCAAUGCCCAAGCACCAGCAACGGCACCAACGAAGUUGCCGCCACCUACAACCCCAACAGCAACUGCACCAUCAAAGUUGCCACCUACAAUCCCAACAGCAACACCGCCUGUCAUUACACAACCACCUACUGUGGUGGCAUCUCCCCCCAUCUCAACCCAACCACCUGCAAAUAUAGCACCCAAAUCUGCUCCAGUGACAUCACCAGCUCCAAAGGUUUCACCGGCAUCAAGUCCAAUAGUCCCUCCACCCCAACCACCAAAAACUUCACCUGUCUCAACUCCCACGUUGCCACCACCGUUACCACCACCACCAACAUUACCACCACCACCAAAGAUAUCGCCAGCACCAGUUCAAACCCCACCUGCCCCUGCACCAGUAAAGGCAACACCAGCGCCGGCACCUGCACCCACAAAGCAAGCCCCGACUCCUACACCGAUUACUUCACCACCAAUACCGGCACCAACACCUGCAAUAAACGCCCCUGCACCAGCACCUAAGUCUCCCAAACACAAGAAAGGAAAACACAAACACAAGCACAGGAGACAUCAUGCACCAGCGCCAGCACCAACAAUUAUUCACAAGAGUCCCCCUGCACCACCAACUGAUUCUAAAGCAGAUGUCGACACAACACCGGCACCAGCACCUAGUCUUAAUUUGAAUGGUGCACCAUCAAACCAUCAUCAAGGGAGAAAUAUAUGGGCAACAGCUGGAUUUGCUUUCACUGUUUUCCUAGCGGUAACUGUCUACAGCUGCUAGCAGGCGCACAUAGUAUGGAUCCUUUCUAAGCAGUUACGUGGUUUGCGGAAUUUAAAAUCAUUUCAGGUGUAGAGAUCUGAAUAAUGAGUGUCAAUACUCUUACUAUUCUUUCUUUUUAAUGAAUAUGGAUUUUUGAAUUAUCGAAAUAAUCAGGAAAUGUCACAUAAAAAUGCCUAGUUAUGAACUACACAUCAAAUUUGAUCAA